CAACUCGACGCCAACAUUUCAAAAAGCAUCAUGUACAAACCAUGCGUUUUGAGAAAAACGCAUUCGAAUGUUGAGCAUCGAUUUUCAAUUCCCAUUUUAAUAUAAAAGCAAAAUAAGAUGUUCUAAUGAUAACAAACGAUGAAAAACGUUGCUUUUAUUGAUACUUGAUCAUCCAAAUUCAAUAAAACAUUAUUUCCGUAAUUUUAUUUGAGAAAAACAAACAUAACUUCUUUUGAAAUCACCAACGUCUAUAUCACUCUGCUGUCAUUGAGGGGGACGCUUUUUUAUGAUUCGUUUUUCUUCGCCGAAUGUACAUGGCGCUUUGUUCAUGUUGCUUUUUUUUCGUCACGAGGUUCAUGUAGUCUUUUGUUUGACAGGUUGACAGGGCUAUAUAAACAGGGACUGCUGAUGGCAGAGAUUUUGUUUAUGUUACUUUAUUUAAAAUCAUGAUUAAACAGACUUUGCUGAAGUAACUUUUGCUCAUUUUUGGUGGAGAGGUAGCUUAUUAGGAGUACUUUCAGAAUAUGCAAUAACUCAGAAAGUGUCAAAAUGUACAUGAUGCCUUUUGAAAUGUUACCGUCGAACUAUCCGCAUCAUUUUAAGAGGAAGCGGUACUUGAGAUGCUGACGAUGUGCACGUACUCCUAAUGUUACACUUCGACGUAAAUAAUUGCUUUUAACAUUUCGGAUGUAGCGUUUUUGGCUUCCUUACAAACAUCCUUACAAACGGUGACGAAGUACACUAGCGCAACGUUAAAAAGCAUUUAUUAAUAAAUAGCUUAACGGGAGAAAAAACAUUUUUUUUUUGCGUUACGUAAUAAAAGAAUUUCAUAGGACAAAUUUAAUUUUAUGCCACAAAUUAUCAAAAAUCUUACUGAAUUUCUAAAAUUAAUCCUUUAAAAAAGACAAUGAGUUAUAUUUGUGUUAAAGGUUUAAUUAAAAGUUUAAUUCCUUGAUUUUGAAAAGUCUGUAAUAUGGUAUGAUUUCUGUAUUUCUGGCAAGACUGCUAGAAAGCUGUGUAAACGUCAAACGCGACGAUUGUUUGCUUGUGCUGUGGUGCGUGCGCGAAGUGAUUUUUUUAUGAACACCGUUUUUUUUAAUAUUUGCAACGAUUUUUAAGAAAAUUCCGAACCAAAAGUUGCACGAAUGUACCGAAAUCGGCUUACCUGCAGUCCGCUUACUCAGCCGAACAGACUGUCUGCUGCUGGGUGACGAUGUUGGUCGACUCGAGGUCACCGGUCAGAUCGCCGACGACCGUGAUUCCCGCGGACACGGAACCGUUGUUGUCCACGCAUAUCAAGCUUGAAGUGCUGGAUCUGAUCUGGCAUGAGGACGUUGAAAGUGGUGUCCUCGAUGAGGAAACUGCCGAUCAACAGUUGCUUCUGAAUCGGCUUCUGCCGUUGCGCGUCCAGGGCACCACUUUGAGCGAAAUGUUCCGGUAUGUACUACCAAAAGUAGCAGCAACUCCAACAACAGCAACAGGCGAUUCCGUUGAUCCUGUGCCGCCUUACCUUCGAUUAGCAUGCUUUAACCGACACAACAGUUCGGUACAGAAGCCCUGCUCAACGGACGGACGGAAUAACUCUUACAUGUUAGUAAUAGUACUCUAACAGGCCCGUAUACAGGGGGAGCUUUCGGGCUGUAGAACACCCUCCCCUCUUUGGAACUUUUUGCGAGACAUAUGGGAGAGAAGAAAUAAGAAGACAAUUUUGCCAAUUUUGACCGUUGUGACUCUUUUGAUUGGGAGUCUUAUAAGGUUCCUAUUCAAAAUUAUUAAGUUUA